UGCAGCAUCAGUAAACCUCUGCCUCUACUUCACAAACAAUACCAACCAGGGGACCUCAUCAUUGUAGGCAUUCUGUCUAAGAUCUACAUAUUGUAUGAUAUGAUGGACUUCAGGAAAGCACCAUCUAGCGAUCUCUUUGAUGAAAUUCUUUAUUUUACUGCAAGUUGGACCUAUCAUGCCUCACUGGAACUGUUUUCUUCACAAAACCAAUUCAUUCCUAAUUAUGACUGUGACAUCCAGAACAGAAAAAUAGCAGUUAUUGGAGGCCCAACCUUUGAAGUCUGCCUACACAUAGCUACUAUUCUGUCCCUUUAUAAAGUACCACAGCUUACUUAUGGUUCAGCUCCAGAGAUAAUUUCAGAGUCUCAUCAGGUUCUCACACAACAGAUGUUUCCAAAUGUGGACUACCAAUAUGAUGGGAUUCUCCAAUUACUACAGCAUUUCAGGUGGACAUGGAUAGGGGCACUGUAUACACAUAAUGAGAAUGGUGAAAAGUUUAUACAUGAUGUCGUGCCUAUGUUUUCCUUGAGAGGGAUAUGCUUUGCAUUUACUGCAAAGUUCCCUGGAAUGACUUAUUCAAACAGCUUUGAUGAAUUGAUAGGAGAAGCUGUUGAAACAUAUAAAGUGGUUAUGACCAGCACAGCUAAUGUAGUGGUAGUUCAUGGUGAAAUGGAUGAUAUGAUUCUUUUGAGAUUUUUUCCAUUUAUAUCCCAAUUGGAAAAAAUGCCAGUAUGGAGAAAAAACAGAGUAUGGGUUUUAACAGCCCAGAUGGAAUUCACAUCACUUCCUUUGUUGAAGGCUGUAAAAAUUGACUUCCUGCAUGGUGCUUUAUCUUUUGCAAUUCACACAGAGGAAGUCUUGGGAUUUCAGGAAUUUCUUCAGACGAAAAACCCCACCCUGGCAAAAAAUGAUAGCUUUAUUAAGGUCUUCUGGGAAAAUGCAUUUGAAUGCUCAUUUCCUAAUUCCACCACAGCCGAGGAAGACAGGGUCACCUGUACUGGAGAAGAGAAACUGGAGACUCUUCCUACAUCUAUAUUUGAAAUGCAUAUGACCAGUCAGAGUUACAAUAUCUACAAUGCAGUUUACGUGGUGGCACAUGCUUUGGGUGAUCUCUUUUCACCUGUACUGAAUUACAGAGCAGGAAAGCCUGUAACCGAAUUGAAGCAAAAGCUGUGGCAGCUCAACCACUUUAUGAGAAGGAUUUCAUUCAACAAUAGCGCAGGGGGAAAAGUUUCCUUCAACCAAAAUGGAGAGUUGGAGACUGGAUUUAAUAUUAUAAACUGGAUCACUUUCCCAAACCAGUCUUUCCGGAGGGUCAAAGUUGGAAUGAUAGACCCCAUGAAUCCCCAAAAAGAAAUGUUCUCCUCUUCUGAGAAAUCUAUUGUGUGGCCAAGCAUAUUUAACCAGACCCAGCCACUUUCACAAUGUAAUAACCAAUGCCCUUUGGGCUACAGUAAGAGCAAGUUAGAAGGGAAGCCGUUUUGCUGCUAUGAUUGCCUUCGAUGUCCAGAAGGGAAGAUUGCAAAUCACCAAGACAUGGAUGACUGUUUUCAAUGUCCAGAUGAUGAGUACCCUAAUAAGAAGAGGGAUUUGUGUCUCCCCAAAAUUAUAACAUUCUUGAAGUAUGAAGACUCUUUAGGGAUGGUUUUAGCCAGUUCUGCUCUUUUCUUUUCUUUGGUCACACUUGGAGUCUUUUGGAUUUUUAUUAAGCAUCAGGAAACUGCCAUUGUCAAAGCCAACAACCGGAAUGUCACAUAUGUUCUCCUUGUUUCUCUUCUUUUGUCUUUUCUUUGUACUUUGCUAUUCAUUGGGAAACCCAACAAGGUGACAUGUCUCCUUCGUCAAACUGCCUUUGGCAUCAUCUAUUCAGUUGCCAUUUCUUGUGUUUUGGCCAAAACCACCAUUGUAGUUCUGGCCUUCAUGGCCACCAAGCCUGGGACCAAGAUCACCAAGUGGGUAGGGAAAAAACUAGCUAUGUCUAUAGUAUUUUGCUGCUCCUUCAUUCAAAGUAAUAUUUGUAUUCUAUGGCUGAUAAUCUCCCCUCCUUUCCCAGAUGUUGACAAAAAUUCCAUGUUAGAAGAAAUAAUCUUAGAAUGUAACGAAGGAUCUGCCUUCAUGUUCUACUGUGUCUUGGGCUUUAUGGGCUUCCUUGCCAUUAUCAGCUUCAUGGUGGCUUUCCUAGCAAGAAAAUUGCCCGAUACUUUCAAUGAAGCCAAGUUUAUCACCUUCAGCAUGUUGGUCUUCUGCAGUGUCUGGUUGUCCUUUAUUCCAACAUACCUGAGCACAAAAGGGAAAUAUAUGGUUGCUGUGGAGGUCUUCUCCAUUAUAGCCUCUAGUGGGGGGUUAUUAAUUUGUAUCUUUUCUCCCAAAUGUUAUAUUAUCAUUCUAAAGCCUGAUCUGAACAACAAAGGACUUUUAAAAAAUAAGACCACAUAG